CUUGAAGCUCUAGCGACAAACUUGGUCUCAUCCGGACCCCACAAAGUCGAAUCUACCCCGCGUAGGGUCCGUGCAUUAUUCGACGGAGUAUGGUUGUUUGACACUACGAGCUCCCGUCACGUCUGGGAGCACAAGUAUUUUCCGCAAUUCUGGGUUCCUAUCGGCACUGUGAAUCCAGGCGUACUUACGAAAGGGGAUGCUCUCGAUUCUGAUGCCUCGGCUUUCCGAGCAGUGGCGAAAGGAAAAGAUAAAACUACUGAGCGAGUCCUUAUUUUUGAGAAAGGUACUUUGGCUGGAUUUGUUAGGUUCGAGUUCAAGGCAAUGGACGCCUGGUUCGAGGAAGAUCAGCAGAUAUAUGAUCAUCCAAAGAAUCCGUACACUCGUAUCGACAUUCUGCCCUCAUCGAGGAAGAUCACCGUGAAAAUUGGAGGGGUUACGAUUGCCGAAAGCCUCAAUCCUAUGUUUCUCUUUGAAACGGGUCUCAGGACAAGGUUCUACCUUCCCAAGACUUCAGUGCAAUGGCAAUAUCUCUCUGCCAGCAAUACGACGUCCAAAUGUCCAUACAAAGGUCUUGCCAACUACUAUAAUGUGACUCUCCCCAAUGGAAAGGAGUAUAGGGACACGAUUUGGUGGUAUGAAUACCCAACUACGGAGUCCAGUGCAAUUCAAGGCCUCGUGUGUUUUUAUAAUGAGAAAGUGGACACGUAUAUUGACGGAGUUCUGGAGGACAAAUAA